UUUUUGUUUUUUUCAUUUAUUCAGUGAACUGGUGCCGUCUUGGUUAGUGGACAACACGACGCGCUCGUCACCCGUAACUCGACGACGACGACAACACCUCAACGGAGCUAGAAUCUUGGAGGGCUGCAGAAAACCAUUUGGUGAAACGCGAGUUUUCCGACAGUCAUACUGGAUGUGGAUUAAUUAUUUGGCUGUAAUUGGCUUUUGCAUUCGGCGAUUCUAACGCUUUUGAUAUUGGUGAGAAUGAUAUGUGGAGUGAGGAGAUAUGUGCUGGUGGUGGGCGGCGGGGUGGUGGGUGUGGCGGGCGGGGCGCACAUGAUGGGUGCAGUCUUCCUGGCCCACCCCGCCCACCUCCUCCUGUGUCUCCUGGCUGGGGCGUGGGCGCUGGUCAACGGCAUGAGCGUCAUGGUCACUGGCUGUUCCUCUUACCACCGAGUACAUGUCUUCCAAACUCCUAAUUCAAAUACCUUUGUCUCAAACACCCCUCCCCCCCGGGUACUUGCCUCCAACAUUACUGCUCCAGGAUCCCCUGCUCGCGGAUCCCCUGCUCCCGGAUCCACUAGACGCAGAACCCCUACACCCGGAUCCCAUGCCUCCAAAACAUCUACCCGGAAAACCGCAGCCAGAUGGCGCCUGCUUGUGAUUCGUCUGAGUUUGUCGGCCACAGCCCUGGUGUUGACCACAGUGACGGUGUUCGUACAGGUGCACCACGCGGGGGUGUACCAAUGGCCGCGCCAGACACCACACACUCCCCACCAACACUCCCUUCUCGCCUCUCUCUCCAAGGCCUUUAAUCUUCGAGGUGUGUGGGUGGUGACCGCGUCGAGUAUAGUGGGGACACUGGCAGCUCUCGUAGCCUUCGCGUUUUCCUUUAGCCCAUACCACCAAGUUAGCGACGACUCUACCUUUUUAAACCAAGUGUCGAUUCUGUCGUCCGGCUGGGUGUACGACCCGUCGCCGCCGCCAAGACCUCGAGCCCCUGAGACACAUGUUGAGGCGAAGACAGAGAUGCAUCGUCUUCGAACCCACGACCAGACGUCAGAGGACAAAGAGAACGCAGACCCUUCUCUUAUUUUAACUGUCUCUCACUCGCGGCACCAUACACAUGACAUCACCUCUGACUCUUUACACUCUGUUGAUAGUUAUGGUGAGGCAGAGUCCCCUCGCCUGCCGGUCUUCAGUGAAAAUGUUGCCAAUAUGUCUGUGUCUGACAAUGGCGUCGAUGUCACUAGGCACUUGCCCAUGGUUCGACUGUUAUCAUUCGCGCCCAGGACGUCUUCCAGUGGAUAUAUAAGUAACAAACUUGAAAGCAGCGAAAACAACACCCAGUUACUACAGUUAAAUCAAACUGGUUCUCGGCCAUCGUCUCCAGCUUUAAGAAUGGGAGCUAAUGACACUCCUGUAAUCCGGGAACAAUAUUUACGAAGCAUUUCACCAAUUCGUAGAGUGAUCAUGCCCACUCUUACGGCAAGUCAGUCUUCAGAAAGCCCAAAUCCUCUGUCAAAUCUGACUUAUUCCACGCCAGCGGAAACAUCAAGCUCCUGUCGGCUGUCAAUUCCUAACAAUACACUCUUUGAGCAAUAUUCUCAGUCUCAGACUGUUCCUUAUUUUUCCACUGAUUUUAGAGAGACAUUUCCGCAUGGCAUGAGCGUUUCUGGGUCCUCAUGGUCUGAAAAUGUACAUGUAAUUUAUCAUGGGGUUCAAGAAGCUCUGCACUCGCUUUAUCACGACCCUUUAUCAGAAGACACAAUAGCAAUACCUCAGAAGGGGUCGGACCUGAGGGUAGCUGCAUUAACUAAUGAAAGUUCACCAAAAACCAAAUCAGUUUCGUUUACUCGCGAACAAAGAGAGAGCAAUAUUCGUCCCAAGCAUAAGUCCAGCCAGUCCGUAUCUGAAGUGGUCAUUCUUACUCGCCACCACAAUUCAGGUUUGUCGCAAACUUCACCUCUUGGUAACAAGGACAAAGCAUCACCACCAACACCUGCCCGAGAGGCCUACAUGUGCCACGAUCAAACCUGGAGAGGGAUUUGCCCCACAAGUAGCUGUGGGAAGCCUACUCCUCCCAUCAGAAGCUGUACUACUCGUAUCACUUCUACCCUUUACACUGGUGAUCUAAGGAUACCCAGUGUCCCACACUGUUAAACCGUGAGUGUAAAUGUAAAAUAUAUAAUGUAGAUUGUGAAAUAUAAAAUACACAGACAUGGUUGUGGAUACGAGUAUGUAAUACUGUAAAUAAUACUAAAAUCUUUACAAUGUUAACAUUUGUUAUAACUUAAAAGGGUGCAUUGCUUUUUAACCUAUAUAUUGGUCACAGCAGACCUUAUGUUUUAUACUAAAGUUAUCUACCAUGAACCCUUGAUGUAUAUCCACCUACUGUAACUGCCCCCCCCCUGUCACAGCACAGUCAUGAUGAGCGAGGGGGAGGCAUAUGCUCAUAGUUCUCUAAUAGAUGGGAGUGACUUCUGUAGUCCUCCCAGAUGGGACAGCAUGCAACUUAUGUGUCUGUAGGACUACAGUUUCCAUUUAGGUCAUUUGAUCCACUUGCUGAAUGAAUUACCCCCAUGGGGG